CAGAAAUCCAUCAUUCUAUCCAAGGACAUGGAUGAAGUUGGAGGUUAACAUUCCAGUUGCUCAGUGAGAUGGUUUGACUGGAAUUUGGGAACCAACAGCGUCACCAGUGGGAAUGGGGAUUAAAUGUGAGGCAGGGGAUUCUCUCUCUCUCUCUCUCUCUCUGGCUGGUCUUUCCGUGUUGCUGAGCAGUCAGCUUUGACUCUGCGGCCAGACAUCUCCUGCCGAAUGGUGUUUCCCACCCAGUGCCGGCUCCUCUCACUGAUGUUAGAGCAAUAGUCAGCUCCAGCUCAGUACGGAGGGCGAAUAGCAGCAGCGGCGCCUGGGAGCCAGAGAGAGAGUUAGGAAUGACAGGAUUCCCGAGUGCCCGGGCAGGGUCAACAUGGAACGGGCCAGAGUCGCCGAGGGCUGGAUCCCAGCAAAUUCUCUUCUUUGAUUUCGAGUGAAGGAGAAAAUAGCUACCAGAAUGUCCAUGCGUGGCGUUGCGAACGUGUUCUUUCGGGAGACAAAAGCUGCACUUUGCUUCCUGCUGUCAAUCCUUGUAAUUCCCUCGCAGAGUUCUCAACAAGUCCUCCGAAUCGGAGGUAUAUUUGAAACUACUGAAAAUGAGCCUAUUAGCAUUGAAGAGAUGGCCUUCAAAUUUGCAAUCACUAAUAUAAACAGAAAUAGGACAUUAAUGCCUAAUACCACCCUGACAUAUGAUAUACAAAGAAUCAAUCUUUAUGACAGCUUUGAAGCUUCCAGGAGGGCUUGCGAUCAGCUUACACUUGGAGUAGCAGCUGUAUUUGGGCCAUCUCACAGUUCUUCUAUAAGUGCAGUACAAUCUAUCUGUAAUGCAAUGGAAGUUCCACAUGUUCAGACCCGUUGGAAACAUCGAAUUGUGGAUCAGAAGGAAUCAUUCUACGUUAAUCUCUAUCCAGAAUACACAUCUAUCAGUCGAGCCAUCUUGGACCUGGUGCAGUACUACAAGUGGAAGACAAUCACAGUAGUUUAUGAAGAUAGUACAGGUCUCAUACGUUUACAAGAAUUAAUGAAAGCCCCCUCCAGAUAUAAUAUUAAAGUUAAAAUUCGUCAGUUGCCAUCAGGCAAUAGAGAUGCUAAACCGCUUCUGAAGCAGAUGAAAAGGGGAAAGGAGUUCUUUGUAAUAUUUGACUGUACAUAUGCCACUGCUGCCCAUAUAUUGAAACAGAUCCUCUCAAUGGGAAUGAUGACUGAGUAUUAUCAUUAUUUUUUCACUACACUGGAUCUGUUUGCAUUGAACCUAGAACCUUAUCGGUACAGUGGUGUCAAUAUGACAGGGUUUCGCCUUCUUAAUAUGGAUAACACACGUGUUGCAUCCAUUAUUGAGAAAUGGGCCAUGGAACAACUUCAAGCACCACCGAAACCAGAUUCAGGAAUCCUGGGUGGGAUGAUUACAACAGAUGCAGCCCUGAUGUACGAUGCAGUGUACGUGGUGUCUCUAGCUUUUCGGAAGGCAUUUCAAAUGACAGUCAGCUCUUUACAGUGUCAUAGGCACAAGCCCUGGCGCUUUGGAUCCAGGUUCAUGAACCUCAUCAAAGAGACACAGUGGGAUGGUCUGACAGGACGUAUCACCUUCAAUAAAACUGAUGGUCUACGGAAAGAUUUCAAUUUGGACAUUAUUAGUCUGAAGGAGGAAGGCCUUGAACAGCCUACUCGUGGCACUCGUUAUCCCUACAGUAAAGUAUGGCAGAAGAUUGGAAUCUGGAAUUCAAACACAGGACUUAACAUGACCGACAGCCUGAAAGAUAAGUCCACCAAUAUCACUGACUCUUUGGCUAAUAGGACUCUUUUAGUCACCACUAUUCUGGAAGAUCCUUACGUAAUGCACAAGAAAUCUGACAAACCUCUAUAUGGGAAUGACCGUUUUGAAGGUUAUUGCCUUGACUUGUUGAAAGAAUUGUCAAACAUUCUGGGUUUCACUUAUGAAGUUAGACUCGUGGCUGAUGGAAAAUAUGGGGCACAGAAUGAGAAGAGCGAAUGGAAUGGAAUGGUUGGAGAACUCAUUGACCAUAAAGCAGAUUUAGCUGUUGCCCCUCUCACUAUUACCUACGUACGGGAGAAAGUUAUUGAUUUCUCAAAACCCUUCAUGACUCUGGGAAUUAGCAUUCUCUACCGGAAGCCCAAUGGCACAAACCCAGGUGUUUUCUCUUUCUUGAAUCCGUUGUCCCCAGAUAUUUGGAUGUACGUGCUGCUGGCCUGCCUUGGGGUCAGUUGUGUACUUUUUGUUAUUGCCAGGUUUACACCCUAUGAAUGGUACAAUCCCCACCCCUGCAAUCCUGACUCAGAUGUGGUGGAAAACAAUUUUACUUUGCUAAAUAGUUUCUGGUUUGGAGUUGGAGCUCUCAUGCAACAAGGCUCUGAACUGAUGCCCAAAGCGCUCUCCACUAGAAUAGUGGGUGGAAUAUGGUGGUUUUUCACAUUAAUUAUAAUAUCAUCGUACACUGCCAACUUGGCUGCCUUUCUGACUGUGGAAAGAAUGGAUUCUCCCAUAGACUCAGCUGACGACUUGGCAAAGCAAACCAAAAUAGAAUAUGGUGCUGUCAGAGAUGGCUCCACAAUGACUUUCUUUAAGAAAUCUAAGAUUUCAACCUAUGAGAAAAUGUGGGCAUUCAUGAACAGUCGGAAGCAGACAGCUUUGUUGAAGAACAAUGAAGAAGGGAUUCAACGUGUUCUCACCACUGACUAUGCUCUCCUAAUGGAGUCAACCAGUAUUGAAUACGUUACUCAGCGAAACUGCAACCUGACCCAGAUUGGGGGCCUCAUUGACUCAAAGGGUUAUGGUGUUGGAACACCAAUAGGGUCUCCGUACAGAGAUAAGGUCACAAUAGCUAUCCUGCAGCUUCAGGAGGAAGGAAAAUUGCACAUGAUGAAAGAGAAAUGGUGGCGUGGGAAUGGCUGUCCAGAAGAGGAUAACAAAGAAGCAAGUGCCCUGGGUGUUGAAAACAUAGGAGGGAUAUUUAUCGUACUUGCUGCAGGGCUUGUUCUCUCGGUCUUUGUAGCCAUUGGGGAAUUUGUAUAUAAAUCCAGAAGAAACAACGAUGUUGAACAGUGCUUUGCAUUCAGCACAGUGAUCGAGGAGCUUCGUGUUUCACUUAGGUGUCACAAAAAAUUGAACAAAAAUUCCAGAACCAGAAGAAAAUAUGGGUUGUCAAGCAUCCUUAUGUGUCAUCAAAGGCGAAUUAUACGAAAAGAGACAAUAACAUGAAGCUGGCAACUGUACUGUCGCCAGAUGACACUAUUUGAUGUUAUCUGCAAUUAUACUGUUUACCUCAUGGACAAUAUUAUGGAUUAUUGGACUUGUUGACAGAAAACACAAUGUUGUGAUUGAGAAACCCUUUAUACUGACUUUUUUUCUAAAUUAUCAAAUGAAGAAAAUGUGAAAGAUGUUGUGAUCAAUCAUUUUUCUUUGGCCGAAGUUGCAAUUGAUAUUAUUAUGUAAAGAGACACUGUAACUGAGAGCUUAGAAUCUUGCAAAUAUCUGACUGCUAGCUGUUGUAAGACAUUUUUUCUUGCUGCUUUAGUGUUUAAUGAAAUUAGUUUAUUCAAAUAUAAAUAGGUAAACAUAAUCAAAGUUACAUUGUUUAUUAAUCACUGUCACCCAAUGCAGCUACUACAGAUUGUUGAUUAAAGAACAAGGUUUAAUAUAAGAUUUAAACAUUAUAAGUUAUACAAUUUUCUGCUGAGCUCACUAUGUGUUCAAUUCCCACAAAACUUUUGUAAUACAGAUCAUUCCUCUCCAUUAUUUUGUUUACUAUGUGCAACCUCCUUUAUUUUCACCCAAAGUAAAGUGAUCUGGAUGUUCACUGACUUGUCCCUCCACCCACAGAUGGCUCUGAUGCAAAACUUUAUUUUGUUAUAACCAGGCUCACUGGAUUUUAUUGUGGGAACUUGGAAACAAUAUACAAAAGCUGUAAACUUGUUCAGCUACUCUACUUCGUGAAUGUUUAAGUUUAGAUGCGUAAGAGUGCAGCGGGAUUAAAAAAGGUCAAUUUUGAGUUUUGUUCUUUCUGCAAUUUAAGCCUUGAUUUAUUCUGUUUUUACU